AUGUCUGAAGAGACCAAAGUAUCCAGCGGAGUAGCAGUGAAAAGAGGCUCUACCUCAAUCGAGAUACAUUUGACAAAAGAAGAAAAUGAUGUUCUUAACAGAAUGAUUCACAGCAUUGAUGCAUUGAAAUCAAAGGAGGACAUUGAAUAGAUCAAGACAAAAGUUCUCUACGAGAUUAUUGAAGGAUUUAUGGAACAAAAUAAGAAGACAAUCAAGAAAGUACUUAAAAAGCUUUUUACAAACAAGGAAAUCUAUACUAAAUUUAGAAAGCUUUUACUCCUUCGUGAGAGAGAUCGCUCACUCAGAGAAUCAUGCAUCAGAGCUCUAAAAAAGAUACUUAAGAUCUCAAAGAAAAUAGCCCCUGUCAUGAAAGAGAAGAAGAUACACCUGCUUAUAAGUUUCCUAAUUGAGAGAGAGUUUAAGUCUAGCAACGUGGCUAAGGAAAGAAUCCAAUGUCUCAAGUUUAUCAAUACUUGGAUACAAUACAGCCCAUCUAACUUCCCCUUCAUUUUUGCUCAGAUUCUUGUAUCCAUUGCUAAGAAUCUGGAGGAUGUUGCUUUGAGGAAAAAGGCAGUUGAGUCCUUGCUUAGUUUGGUAACUACUUGCCCAGAAGUAGCUGCAAAUGUUGGGGCAACUAAGUUAUUAAUUGAAUGCUUGACUGAUCUAUCCUUACAGGGUAUUAGAUAUGAUCUAAUUGCUUCAACUUUACUACUGCUUAUCAACGACCCUAAAACCAGAGUGUAUUUUAGGCAUUUCCAAGACCUAGAUAGAAUAUUUAGCGUUUUCACAACAGUUGAUGGAGUAGAUAAAGAUCCGAAAAAGGAAAUCUUAGAUAAGAUUCUUGCAUAAAUGAGUCUUGCUAGCAAGGCCAUCGUCACUAUCAUGAGAAACUGGAAUGGUGUCAUUUACCUAACAUCUAGUCCUCUUGGGCUUCAAAGCUUGGUAAACUCUCUAACACAGCCUAUUAGGCUAUUCAAGAAGUUAGCAAUUUUGGAUACUUUUGUUGACAUCUUCAAUAUACCUAUCUACAUUGCUGGGACUGAUAUCAAUUCUAUAGGUUCAAAUAGUGUAUGCCUAUCCACUAACAUUGUCAACUUCAAUGAAAACCUUUUGAACAAUUACGUGGCACUACUUUUGCAAGCAUUUUAUUAUAGUGGAAUUUAUGAAGCUCUCAUUAAACUUGGAACAACCACAGAAGAAGGAUCAGAUCUCAAUAAGAAGAGUAAAUUUUUACUUAAAAAGAUAAUGUACUUGAGUUCCUACCUUCUCCCAGAUGUUCCACACUUCCCUCAACUAAUCAAAAUAGCUUCAGAUUUCAGUCAUGAAAAUCAAUAUACUAGAACAAGAGCUACUAAAAUGAUAAAGGAGUUGUCAACUAUUUCGUUAAAGAACCCUCUUGAGUUAUCUAAGAAUAAUGAAAUAUUUGGAAAUAGUCAGAAUCAUACCACCAAAGAUUUUUCAAUGCUCUUUAUGAGAGUUUAUGAGUACUUCAAUUCUAUGCAACUUGGUCUACCUUUUAAUACAGUUAUUUCAAACUAUCUUGUAGACUUAAAGCAAUUUUACUUUUCAGAGAUUGACGAUCAGAAAUUCAAUAACAAGAUCAGAUAAUCAGGUGUACUUCAGCAAAAAGAUUAUAGAAGAUGGAACUGGUAUAUCAUUAAUGAAGUCUUAGAGGGCAACUUAUUAACUCCCGCAAGACUAGAGGAAGUAAUGAAGAAAACUAAAUUUAUCAAGAGAAUUCUUAACUUUUUCAUGCCAUCUAAAUAGUAUUUUAUCAAUAUGGAAUGGAGAGAGGAAAAUUUACUUUAUGCUAGAGCAGGUUAUAAUCUUAUCAAGACUCUUCUUAGCUCAAAAGAAGGUUAAAAAGCAUUAUCUAGCUCGCCAGGAGUGUUCUUUAUGUUUGGACUUACUUUCGUUGAAAAUAAGGAUAAUAUCUUCCAUCAUAGGAAAAGUUUUCUAUAGGAGAUUUGUGAUAUAUUAGAGAGGGAAGUAAACUAUUUGGUUUAGAGCAGAGCUAACUACGGUAGAAAGCAUCGAAGAUAAAACUAAGCUAAUGCUACUGGAUAAUAAAAAUCAAACUAGAGUUUUGUAUAGCAGCCAAAUUAAAACUCUUUUUAACAGUAACUUUAGUAAAAUCUUGGCAAUACUGGCUCAUCAGCAGGGCUAUAGCUACUGAGUCAGGCAUAGAUAGGUGCUACUGACGAAUAGAGAUUCUUUACUAAGAGGAGACUUACACAGACUAUGAUGAGAGAAUACAUAUCAUGGCUUGGGCUAUUCACAACUACAAAAGAUAAAUUCAAGAUUUUCGAUCAUCUUAUGCAACUGGUUGAUAACAAUGGAUAUUAUGAUCAUUUCUGUCAGAUUAUUUUGCAAUCAUUCGAUUAUGGAUUUGCGAGCUCAACCAGAAAAAUGCUUGAAGUAUGGAUUACUAAAUGCUCACCUAACCUUGCUAAAUCCAUUAUUGAGCUAUUCAGAAUGCUAUUUAGAUCUGGUCUUAAUGACUUCUAUUAUUGGUGCUUACCAUUCCUAAAUUAGCUUGUGGCCUAUGGUAACUAUGAAGAGAUUGCAACAGCAGCAUUUGAUGUUCUAGAAGAAGUUUGCUUUGAUCAGAACUCCCUAAAUUAACUGCUUUUUAUAAACGAAAAAAUCUUAGAUUCACUCAAGGGUGAGUAAAGUGAACUUUUUAUUGCUAAAUUCUUAAGAAGUCAGAAAGGUUUUGCAUUAUUAAAAUAAGAGGGUUGGCUUUAAAACAAACUCUAAGAAUGGAAAGAGACUGAAAACUUGGAAUAUAUACUGAGACUUGAGAAAAGCUUAUAUGAAGGACUUAACAUGAGUCCAUCAGCUAUUCAUUAGUAGACCUUUGCGAUGAGCAUUUGGAUCCCCAUUUAUGAGCAUUCAAAUGAUUUCAGAAAUGAAUUAAUGAUCCUCAAGAGAUAUCCAUUCCAAAUCUUUAUUAAAGUGGAAAACCUUUAAAAUGAAAUUAUAGUUUAAGAAGCCCUACAAACUUACAUCGAAUGUGACAGCGAUAAUUAACUUUCAAUUGUUGGCAAGCUAGGCGCUUGCUAUAUUGACUCUCAUGCUAAUGAAUGCAAAGACCCAUAUUGGACGAUAACUGAUGUAAAUGACAAAAAUAAAUCAGGUACUAACUAAAAGAUUAGCAAAUUUAGAAUUCUCAAAAAUGGAAUCAUAUUUAAUUUGCAACGAGGAACAGGAAAUUCAGCAAAUCAGUAAAAUCUAAUGGGCUCAGGAAACAGUGGUAAUAAGGACAAUCAGCCAACCAAUCAUAACUCAAUCAGUGGCAUCAAUGAAUUAGGACACUAAGAUGAUACAAAGAGGGUCUUUCUAGAUUCUAUUGUUUACAGAAUAUAGAUAUUGCCUUAGAAGUAUAAAAUAAUUAAAACACCAGUGCAUCUUUAUGGGGAAUUAGUGAAGACUGAAGAGGGCGCUAAUUACUUAAGAUAAACUAAGGAUAUUUAUUAUUUCAAGCAAGAGAUAUUGUCACCUGACACACCCCUUAUCAGAAAGAGAGCAGCUCUGUGGACAAUCGGACAUAUAGGAAGCACUGAGACAUGCAUCUACAUCAUGGGAUUGAUUUGCAAAAGUGCUCAAGGGCAAGGUGAUAUUCAGCACUACAACUGGAUCUGUUCAUAGAGUUAGGGAAUAUCAGUUUGCUUGCCUAAAGACCCAGCUGUUCUAUUUAAUGUCAACAACUAUCAAUACAAAGGAGACAUUUCAAUGAGAGAUGAAGUAUGGCAGAGGGUUGCAAAGCUAAACCAGUUAAUUCCUCUAAACGAGAAAGAAUAAGAUAUUGUGAAACUUGUGAGCAACCUUAUCAAUGGUGUUACAGAAGUUCAGGCACUAGGGGAUCUUAGGAAGUUACUUGAGAAAGAAAAGUAACAAUUCUUGAACCCCAAAGUCUUUGAGCACGUUAUAGUCCUACUCUCACUUUACAGAUUCAAGCCCAAGGCUAGAAAGUUUAUCUUUAAUAUGUUUGAAGAUUUGAUCUUCAAUGAUCUUAUGAAUACCGAAAUGGAAGAGAUCAAAGACUAAGGCAGAUGCUCAGAAGUGAUUGACUUGGAAAAACUUGAAAAAAUUGGAUCGGUUGAAGAUAACAAAAAAGAUCUUAAAUCAAAUGGGAAAUAGCAAUUGGACCAAUAGUUAAAGUUUGACUAAAUUCUUUAAAAAUCUGGAAAGUGUUUCGCUUAUGGAGCAUUACUAAAAUUUUUGUUCGCUUUACUUCAGAAUAGGCUAAAUGUGGUGAGAGUUCUCUAAAACCCCAGGUCAAUUCUUAAAUUUGGAUUAAUGACUUUCUCAUUGUCCUUUAUCUUUAAAGUGGCUAGGCUGUUGAUAAAGAAAUUUGAAAUUAAAAUAAGUAUUGAUUAAGAAGUGUUUCUGGCAUCUAUUUUAGCAUCAGCUGCUCUCUUUAUUGCUGAUUCUAGAGACUUAAACUUACUUAAGGUCAUGAUUCUACCAAGAGCAAUAGAGUCCUGCUAUUAUUUGCUUAAAGAAAGAGGGUUAGUAAGACCCAUCCUGCAUGGAGAUUCUAUACUCUGUGCCGGGACAAUGGUUAUGGUUGUCUAUUUUUACAUUCAUGAAGAACAUUCAAUUGACAUCGGGCAUAAAAAGACCAUUGAUAAGUAUAUGAGCCUUAGUAGAUCAGAAUAGUAUUUAAGAUAAUCUUUUUAGAAAGUGAGAUAUAAUGCAAUUAAGGAGAAGUAUGCUAACAAUAGAUUAUUAUGA